GCUAAAUCCCGUGACCCAUCAGAUUCGGUGACCACCACCAACGUUUUCUUUUUUAUCACAAUUUCUGUAUUUUGCAACAACUGCUGUUACCAAAUUACCAAAUCAAAAUAUUGUUUAGAAAGGACCACAUAUGUUCAUAGAUAAAAAUAGAACCUGUCGAUAACGAGGGAUUGAUAGAUUCUGAUAGCUCGGGUCACACAAUGUGGUGUCACACCAGAUCCUGUUCAGAUGAGUUGUGCGCCCUUUUAUCGCCCUUUAUAAUCGUAUUGGUUUUACUUUUACUACUUUAGGCAGGCUAUAUAUAUUUGGACACAACAAUUAACAGUGCAGCCAAUAGCAACAUUAUGCAGUGUCAUUAUCCCACACAAUAAAGCCUAUGAGCUGCACUGUAAAGGGGACGCAGUAGAGGGCGGUGUGACCCUUUACGGUGGUGCGUGAGCCCAAGAAGAAGAGUCACGCUGCCUAAUAUGACCACAGAGCGAGGAGGCUAAGAGGUUAAUUCAAAAAGAGGUCAGUAGAGAUGUCAGGGGAGUGCCCCCUGUCACCACCUCCUCCACCACCACCUCCUCCAGGUCCACCACCUCCUCCAGCCUCCUCCCCCAAGAAGAAGCUGUAUCAGACUAUAGCCAGUAGCAGAAGUCCUGUGGAGGGGAACCACACAGAGGCCCGCUUACUGCUCAGUCAGAGAGAGAGCAGUUUUAGGAAGGACCUGCAGUGGAUACUGGUGAACACAUAUGUGCCCUCCCUCAUCCAAGAUGGUCCACAGCAAGUCAAAUCCAGAAUCAUAAUCUCUCUAAUGUGCGGUCUGGUGGCUUUGUGGAUGUCCGCUCACCUUCGAAAGCCACAACUGAGUAUCGACAUGGGAACUGUUGUUCAGACGGCACUGAGCAGGGGAUACACGGCGCAGGGUGAAAUGUUUUCAGCUGACAACAUGGCCCUGCUGGCAGAGGAGGUUUGUGGCUGUGAGGCAGAACUGCUGUCGGGGGGUUUAAGUGGUAAUAACGUGGCAGCCAUCAUCACACACCUGUGGGGGAGACAGCCGGUUCUCAUCCCAUAUGAUGAGGACUACAACCAUGAGCCAUGCCAGCGGAGCGGCCACAGGGCGCACUGGGCAGUCGCUUCAGGUGUGCUCCUCGCUGUGGCUCAGGGGAGCGUGAGCAAAGAGCACACCCAGCCUGACCCCGCUCUGCCCUGGCUCGACCUCGCCGGAGACGGCAGCCCUCCUUGUCCUGUCGGCAGCACGGCAGUCAAAGAGGUUUACGUCCUGGCGAAGCAGGGCAAAAGCCUGCGCUACCAGCUGUGGAGUUUGGACAGCAUAGCUCGGAGUAACGAGCAGCUGAGGACGAUGGACCCUCAGAGAGCCAAUGACGGGACCCGGUAUGUGGUUCCUCAGGGAGGGGUGGAGGCCGGGUUGGCUGGACGGGCGGUGAUGCUCCACACAAGGAUGGAGAAGCGGUAAUAAAUGUGACGCAGGACACAGCUGUGUGGGAGAGGGCUUUAAAGUGAAUUACUGUAUGCCUACUGUUCUGGGAAUUGAGGUGACGAUAUGAGUGUCCACAUGUUCUGCAACGCUGGGGUAGCUUGAGUUUCUCUGGUUGUGUUCGGCCCUUUGCAGGCAGUGUUUAUGCAAAUUAAUUAAAUAUUGAAUUUGCACUUUUUCUGUUAGAAUUUUUUAGAUGUGGGUGAAUAUAAUUCACUAGAUAAACCCCCCAACAUGUUUUUUUGUCAUGCAGGUUUACAAUGCAACAAAUACACCACUGACUGAAUGGAAUAUAUUUAUAAUAUAAAUUGUUUAAAUUAAUGAUUUAAUACUUUGUCAUCUUGAUUCAGUGCCUACCUGUAAACGUUUUGGGAUAUUCAGUAAAAUAAAUAUUCAAAUGCUGUUAUCA